AUGGCCUCGUUUACAAUUCCGUCGGGAUCAGCUGCUGUCCCGAUUGUUGCUCCUACGGCUGAGAAGAUUAUUUCAAAAAAUAACUCGAAUAAGAAUAGUGCUAAUUCUAGCUCAAAAGUACGGACAUGUCGUAAUUUGAUCAUACACGGAAAUUGCAAAUACGAAGGCAAAGGAUGCGAGUUUAAUCAUGAUUUAAAUAAACCAUCAACUACUUCACCGCCCCCAAGUCCUGAAACACCUAAAUCGAAAUUAAGUGUCCAUUCGCCAGUGUUUAAGCCAUCAGGCAACAUAUCUUCUAUUUCACCCGAGGUUAUAAAUGCGCCGCCGUUUAUUCCUAAGCAAAGUCAAGUAGCUUCAUCAGAAGGUCCAAAAUCUGAGAAUGGCUCGAGCGAUCAGCAGCAAUUCUAUGAUCGGGAUGAUCAACAACAUGCUUCGAUGUUCGAUCAACAAAUGAAUUAUUUCCCAGCUCAGACGACACCUAACUAUCUAAUGUCGACCAGAGAUAUAACAAAUAAUACAUUUAAUGCUUUGGCUGGUUCGAUCGCCUCGUUGAGUUUAAACGCGUCAAAUUACUCUGUUUCAGCUUCAUCCUCCCGAUCGCAACCUUCGUCUCAUAAUACGAGCAAUGCAAGCUACUUCUCGCAACUAUCUCAAGUAGAUUCGCUCUUCUAUCAGAAUCAGUCAGGGUUACUUCCUGCUCCAUUGCAGUAUCAUCUGUAUACAUCUCCACUGCCGCAUAUCUCAAACUUGCAUCCUCAUCAGAAGACCAUUCAUGCAUUUUUCAUGUCAGAUAAUUUACGCGAGGAUCUGCAGAGAAAGAACGAAGCAACAUUGCAGACUGUUAAUGCUCAAGAUUAUAAUCUGCCCGAGGAAAUCCAUGUAUAUCAUUCACUGUACCCUCUUGAAAGCUUGUCGGAAAGCUUGGGCAAGGUUUUUGGAUAUCCCACGUCAGUUUACAAAAGUGUCUGCACUGUAGAUGGACGAGUGUAUUGCCUGAGACGGAUAGAAGGGUACAGGUUGACAAACGAAAUUGCAAUGUCGACGAUCGAAAACUGGCGACGAAUACGACACGCAAACGUUGUUUCGAUACGGGAAGCGUUCACUACCAAAGCGUUUGGAGAUCAUUCGCUGGUAUUCGUCUACGAUUACCAUCCGCUUUCCCAGACAUUGUUCAACAAACAUUUUUCGCCGCAAUCACAAAUGCAUCCGUCAUCUGUCAACGGUCUCGCCAUUCCCGAAAAGUUGGUGUGGAGUUAUAUAUGCCAAAUAGCAGCGGCAAUCAAGACAAUACACUCUUCAGGUUUAGCUGUGCGAACGAUAGAGCCAACCAAGAUUUUAUUAACUAGUAAGAAUCGCAUACGAUUGAACUGUUGCGGGAUAAUGGAUUUGUUGACUUACGAUGGAGGGAAAAACCUUCCACAUUAUCAGCAAGAAGACUUGUUGAGCUUUGGACAACUUCUUGUCUCACUCGCAUGUCAUCCACAUGCUAGCAAUCACAAUCUUCAAAAGUCAAUAGACUUCAUUUCUAGACAAUAUUCUCCGGACCUCAAGAAUGUCAUUCUGUACUUGCUGAGCAACCCAUCUCCCGUGAAAUCGAUUGAUGAUGUUGUCGCGAUGAUUGGACCACGCUUGUUGCAUGAGAUUAACAGUGCGCACAAUUAUAAUGAUUUUUUGGAGAGUGAAUUGAGUCAUGAAUUGGAAAACGGAAGACUGGUGCGGCUUUUGUGCAAAUUUGGAUUCAUCAACGAACGACCAGAAUUCGAUAUGGAUCCUAGCUGGUCAGAAACAGGGGAUCGCUACUUGAUUAAGCUCUUUAGGGAUUAUGUAUUUCACCAAGUGGACAAGAACGGAUAUCCUGUUGUUGAUAUGUCACAUGUUUUGAUGUGCCUGAAUAAGUUGGACUCUGGCGUAGAUGAAAAAAUUAUGCUUGUAUCAAGGGAUGAACAAUCCUGUCUCAUAGUAUCAUAUAGAGAGAUUAAGAAUUGCAUCGAUUCAGCAUUUAGAGAUUUAUCACGAAGAAAGUAG